CAAUUUCUACUUCACUCUGUCGUUGCCUGGGUAAACACUACACCAUAUCUACUUCAAUCAGCGUCCUCUCACUAGCCAGAGAGUCAGCCCUACAGGUAUAAGUGUCAGGAGACGCAGGCAUUUCACCUUCCACGCCGUAUAGAUUCUCAUCAAUUCUUCCAUUGCAGCCAGUUACCGUCGAAACCGAAACCCCCCGCUGCCAGCCUCAAGCCGACAACAUGACCGACCACGGCCCCGACAUGGACACCCCCAAGGGUAUAUCCAACAAGACCCUCAUGGUGAUCAAGAGCCAUACUGCAUCUUCCUCAACCCCCGUUGGUGCUCGUGCUCUCGAUCCCUUUCCCACUACCAUUCCCCGCCUCGCAGAUACGCGCCUGGAAAAGGUCCCCAGUGGUCUCAAGGAUCCGUCUCGCCUCAAGAAAAAAACAUCGAAAUGUCUAGACAAGGACGAGGAGAUUCCAGAGGUCGACGGCUUCCGCUUCAAGACCCUAGAUGAAGCUAGGGCGCCCAUGGACGUUCCUCAGUGGUAUUCUCCAGAGGUCGACCCCUCCAUCCCCAAUACCGACGAAGAGUAUCGCAAAUACGUCGGGAUAUUGGUGCAUGCUUUCAAGGACAUGACCCGCGCCAAGGACACCCUGGGCAACGCUUACCGUAAGCGGCUCACUCCGGGUGAAGGUGUCUAUUACCAGGAUUGGGCUAUUGAAGCGUGCUCUUGGGACAUCGUCGGCAUGGCCAAGGACAUUCACCUAAAUGGCUUCAAAGUCCGCAUCUAUGAUAAGUCCAUUAUCGACUCUAUCAGCCAGACCCAGGAUUGGACCUUCGAAGAGCGUAUAGAAUGGAUCUGUGAGGUGCUCAAGACCUCCAAGCAGAUCGGCGUUACUCUGAUGAAGAACGAGAAGACAUGGACUACGAUUGGCGCUCCCCACAAGCUGUACGGUAGCACCAUCGUCAACUGCGUCUCGAAUGCGCACCGCGGCCAGUGGAUCAAGGCCGGCCGCGGCAACGACCAGAACCAUCAGAAUCGUUCGAUUCGGGGUAGGCGUACAGCGGCUGAGAUGAUCGCGUCCGGUGACGACGAUGCCACUGAUGAUCCUGGAGCAACCCCGGGUUUGGAGGUUAUGGUACAACCGCGAGAGCCGGCUCAAAAGCGUCAGAAGCGUAGUCUCCUGGGUCAGAACGUCAAGCGUGCUGUUUCGUAUAAUGACGAUGCGAUUGUCGUUGACUCUGGAGUCGAGGCAUUUCCCGUCAAGACGAAGACGGACGCUGUGAACGCCGCACAGAAGCAUAUCCUCGCCAAAGGCUCUGACGAGCAGCACCCUGGUGCCGUCAUGGACGUCGCCUUCUCAUAUGUACCACCUAUGAAGCCUGUUGUCGCGGUCCCCGGACAAGAUGUUGGCAAGAAUAGCACCGAAGCAGGUGAUUUCAUCGCCAAGGAUGCCGAGUUGCGUGGUCAUGUCUAUAAGUACGCAUCCAACAAGGACGCUUUCAGCAAGGGCGUAUUCAUCGAGGGUGCUAUUGGCAAGAACGUCUUUAACGACGGCGGUGACAGCUCCUCCAAAGACAAGACCAAGAAGAAGACCAAGGACACCGGUUUCGUCAACUACCAUUGCGGCACCAAGGGCAUGGAUGAGCUUGGCUCCAACAGCUCUGAGCUGUCCGAUGCACCUGAUGAUCUGCUCUCUCCUGGCUCUGCUUCUCCAACUCGCAGCCACAAGCAGAAGAAGCUGCUGGACGACCCCGUUUCCAGCGAGGAGUACACCAAGCUUCGGACUGAGCUGAAUGAGCUGAAAGCGAUGCAAUACGAGACCAGUAAGAACCUGAAGACACUGCGCGAGCAGGGCGGCUUCUCGACUGUGGAGCCUGAGGUCCGCGAUGCCGCUGACAUGGAGGGCGCCCGUUCGUUGGCUGCGUUCCGUGACGACUCUUGAGCAGCAUGACUCUGCAGCAUAUCAUCGCAGCAAGCAUCGUAGCAUGAUCACACACACGUUUGGUCGUCCGAAGAACAGCAUGGAUGACAAUUUUGCUCUGCCUUUCGGUGGAACAAGAUUCGGAAUGGAGAUCAUAUGGAGAUAGUUCACGGUUUGAAGGUUGAAGUAGCACAUGAAGUCACGACGUUUCCAAGGUUCGACUGUAGUUCUUGAUAACUUGAUAACUUGAUAACGUCGCGACGGAUCAAUUCAAAUACGUUCAAAAACAUAUGUGCCUUGUCUGGUCUGC